AUGCUCUUGUGGAAAGUGUCUGGCUUCCAGCAGCCCUCCGUGCGGCGGCUCAGGCUGCAACGUAAGUUCCACUUCCUCCUCUGCCUUUCUGGCCUUGUCACCUUGUGCUUCGGAGCCCUCUUCCUGCUGCCUCUCUUCCUGCCUCUGCGGCUCCAGCAGCCUGACCAGGAGGUGGUGGCUGAUGUCUCCAGCCACCUCCUGGCCCGAGGGAUGGUGCCGCCUCCCAAGCCGGCCCCCGCUGCCCCUGCCCUGGGCGAGCAUGAACCCCGCAGCCAGUCCCGCAUCCUACGCAAGAAAGGGGGGGCACGACGCACGUGGCCCACCAUCGCAGCCGUCAGGCCGAAGAACAAGAGUGUCCUGUUCAGCUUCGACUUCAAUGCAUUCCGCAGCCGCCUGUGUCACCCGGUCCUAGGGGCCAGGGCAGAUGAGAAGUCUUCUCGGAGCCCAGUGAGAGCCCAGCGGGAGAAAAUCAAGGAGAUGAUGAAGUUUGCUUGGCAGAACUACAAGCGCUACGCAAUGGGGCAAAACGAGCUCCGUCCGCUAACAAAAGACGGCUAUCAGGGCAAGCUGUUCGGAGGCCUCGGCGGAGCGACUGUCAUUGAUUCCCUAGACACCCUCUUCCUCAUGGAGCUUAAGGAGGAAUUCAGGGAGGCCAAGGCCUGGGUUGAAGAGAGUUUCCACCUGAAUGUGAGUGGAGUGGCAUCCCUGUUUGAGGUGAACAUCCGCUACAUUGGAGGGCUCCUCUCAGCCUUCUACCUGACGGGCGAAGAGGUGUUCCGAGUAAAGGCCAUAGAACUCGGGGGUAAACUCCUGCCAGCCUUCAAAACCCCCACAGGAAUCCCAAUGAGGUGUAUCAACUUCAAAAGCCGGAGCGGGAGCUUCGGCUGGGACUGGAACACGAUGGGCGACAGCAGCGUCCUGGCCGAGAUUGGAUCUCUGCACUUGGAAUUCUUACACCUCACAGAGCUUUCUGGCAAGCAGGUCUUCGCGAAAAAGAUCAGAAACAUCCGCAAGGUCCUCCGGAACACGGAUAAGCCCUUCGGCCUCUACCCCAAUUUCAUCAGCCCACUGAGCGGUAAGUGGGAGCAGCAACACGUCUCGGUUGGGGGCCUCGGUGACAGUUUUUAUGAAUAUUUGAUCAAAUCCUGGUUGAUGUCGGCCAAGAUAGAUUUGGAGGCUAAAACUAUGUACUACAAAGCCCUGGAGGCAAUCGAGACCAACUUGCUGAAGGUCUCACCCGGGGGGCUGACCUACAUUGCUGAGUGGAAAGGGGGGACUGUGGUAAACAAGAUGAACCACCUGGCCUGUUUCGCCGGGGGCAUGAUUGCCCUUGGCGCUGAGGAGGCCGAGGAGACCGAGAGGGCCCACUACCGAGAGCUCGCCGCCCAGAUCACCAAGACGUGCCACGAGUCGUACGCCCGCUCAGAUACCAAACUCGGGCCUGAGGUCUUCUGGUUUGUGUCCAGCAGAGAGGCAAUGGCCAUCUACGGGAGGGAGAGCUCCUAUACCCUGCGGCCAGAAGUCGUAGAGAGCUACAUGUACUUGUGGCGCCAGACCCACGACCCUCUCUACAGGGAGUGGGGCUGGGAGGUGGUGGUGGCCUUGGAGAAAUACUGCCUGACUGAGGCCGGUUUCUCGGGGAUCCGGGACGUAUACAGCAGCACCCCCAGCCAUGACAACAAACAGCAGAGUUUCUUCCUGGCGGAGACACUCAAGUAUCUCUACCUUCUGUUCUCUGACGAUGACGUGCUCUCUCUGGAAGACUGGGUGUUCAACACCGAGGCCCACCCGCUCCCGGUUAACCAUUCAGACAGCUCCAGCAGGGCCUGGGGCUGA